GUCUAACCCCUUUUCCAAAUAUUUUCAUAAAUUUACGUUUUUUUGUUUUUUUUUUGGUAAAAAUCGCAAAGAAAAUGCUUUAGUUUUGACCACAAAACCGAGGAGUCUGAGUCUUAGUUCAAAGAACUGCGCAUUAUUGAAUGGGUUGUUUACAUUCACAAGGCAUGGCCUCUCAACUUCUAGUUCGGCUCACAGCCUAUGGUUCUUGUUCAAAGGGUGAAGAUUCCUCGCAUAAAAGCUUGAAUCUUUCAAAAAGAAGAGCAGCAAUUGGGUUUGGUUCAAGUUUAGCAGUAGCAUCUCUGCUCAAUUUGCAUAAUAUUACUUCUCAGCAAUUCAAUUCUGCCAUUGCUCUGCAAGAAUAUGAACUCCAAAAAGAAGAGGACAGGGUUGUUAAUAUCUUUCAGUUAACUUCACCAUCAGUUGUUUUUAUUAAGGACAUUGAAUUAGCUAAAAUCCCCAAAAACACUUCAAGUGAUGCUACACUUACUGAGGAUAAUGCAAAAGUUGAAGGGACGGGUUCAGGCUUCAUCUGGGAUAAGUUUGGUCACAUUGUGACUAACUACCAUGUUGUUUCUAAAUUGUUGAUGGAUAACAGCGGAUUACAGCGUUGUAAGGUGUAUUUUGCUGAUUCUAAAGGUAAUAGCUUGUACAGGGAAGGGAAGGUCAUUGGUUAUGAUCCUGCAUAUGAUCUGGCUGUUCUUAAGGUUGAUGUUGAGGGUUAUGAACUGAAGCCGGCUGUUCUCGGUACUUCUAGAGACUUGCAUGUUGGUCAGAGCUGCUUUGCUAUUGGGAAUCCUUAUGGAUAUGCAAACACACUUACAACAGGGGUCGUUAGCGGCUUAGGCAGGGAAAUACCUUCUCCAAAUGGACGGGCCAUUCGAGGAGCUAUUCAAACAGAUGCAGCAAUUAAUGCAGGGAAUUCAGGUGGACCAUUAAUUAAUUCAUAUGGACAUGUUAUUGGAGUUAACACAGCAACUUUCACUCGAAAAGGAACAGGAGUAUCAUCUGGGGUGAACUUUGCGAUACCAAUUGAUAGUGUCGUACGUACUGUACCGAACCUUAUAGUUUAUGGAACACCCUACAGUGACAGGUUUUGACAGUUUGCUUCAUUUGUGCAUAUGAAGAAAUGCAUCAGGUGGUAGUACAUGGAGAUCUCCUUGUGUAAAAUGUAUGACUCUUAAGUCUGAUGGGUAUAUAGGCACCAAGAUCUUAUUGCAAUGUACAAAAGCCGAUUAUUUUUCCCCCAUAUUAUGUUUCAAGCAUUUUCCGUUCCGA